AUGGAGGUGCACCGAACAGAGGUAAAGACCCAGGUGGAUAAUGUAGCCAAGCGGGUGGAGCGAGUGGAGAGGGACGUGGAGUACCUGGAGAAUAAGACCCCUAACCAGGCCCACAUCGAGGUAGAGGAGGCCCUGAUGGAACAGCAGAUGAAAGACGCCCAGAAGAAAAAAGUAAAGAUCACACUGGGGACAGACUGCAACAUAGCUCUCACUGGUGUGAAGUCUCUGAUGAUAGUGAAGAAAGCAGGGGAUGUCUAUGGAUCCUGGCUGCAAGACCCUACUAAGGGCUCUGCCAAAAUCUAUUUCUUCAGCGGGAAUAAGAACAACACCGUACUGGAGUUUAAAUCCUUGAAGACCUUCACUGAGGGAAGGCACGCCCAGGCUCAUCCAAUUCAGCUCCCCUUUCCCUGGCAGGGAACAGGCCAUGUGGUCUACAAUGGUUUUCUGUACUAUCACAGGGCAGACACACCCAACCAGAUCUUAAAGGUCCAUCUCCUCAACCGCACUGUGGCCGACAGUAUGCUGCUGGCCGGGGUUGGCCGCCUGCCUACCUACGCCCUCACCACGCACACCUUCCUGGACCUGGCUGUGGAAGAACUGGGCCUGUGGGUCAUCUACUCUGACCCAGAGUUUGGGGGCAACCUGGUGAUCACCAAGCUGGACAAGAGCAGCCUGGCUGUGGAGCACACCUGGGACACCACCUGUACGAGCCGCGAUGCAGAGUCAGCAUUGAUGAUCUGUGGAACGCUGUACGUGGUGUAUAACUCCUGCUGUGGAGGGCGCUCCAGCAUUCAGUGCCUGUACGAUAUCCACGACCCCAUCCACAGUGAGGAGAGCCCUGUGCUGUUCUUUCCUAAGCGCUACACCAACCACUACAGUAUGCAUUACCACCCCAAGGACAAGCAGCUGUAUGCCUGUGUAACAGGGUUAUAUUGGUGA